AUGAACUUCAACGUGACUUUCCACCUUUCCUACAGAUUCCGAUUGCUGUUGCUUUUUACCUUAUGCCUGACAGUGGUUGGGUGGGCCACCAGUAACUACUUUGUGGGUGCUAUUCAAGAGAUUCCUAAAGCAAAGGAUCUUGUGGCUAGUUUGAGCAAGGGUGUCGUUUUAGGGAAGAAAGGAACUGUGACAGAUGAAGCAUUUGUGGAAAAAGCAAAACUUGACAACUGCCCUUCUGUGUCUCCACAUCUCAAAGGCCAGACCAAGCUCGUGUUCAAGCCAGAUCUCACUCUGGAGGAAGUCCAGGCAGAGAACCCCACGGUGCACAGAGGCCGGCAUCGCCCCGAGGAGUGCAGGGCUCUGCAGCGGGUUGCCAUCCUCAUCCCUCACCGGCACAGGGAGAAGCACCUGCUCUACCUGCUGGAGCACCUUCACCCCUUCUUGCAGAGGCAGCAGCUGGACUAUGGCAUCUACGUUAUCCACCAGGCUGGAAGUAAGAAGUUUAAUCGUGCCAAACUCCUGAAUGUGGGCUAUAUAGAAGCUCUCAAAGAUGAAAUUUGGGACUGUUUCAUAUUCCACGAUGUGGACCUGGUACCAGAGAACGAUUUGAACCUUUACAGGUGUGAGGAUCAGCCCAGGCAUCUGGUGGUUGGCAGGAACAGCACGGGGUACAGGUUACGUUACAGUGGAUAUUUUGGGGGUGUUACUGCCCUAAGUCGAGAGCAAUUUUUCAAGGUGAAUGGAUUCUCUAACAACUACUGGGGAUGGGGAGGCGAAGACGAUGACCUCAGACUCAGGGUUGAACUUCAUAGAAUGAAAAUAACCCGGCCACUGCCUGAAGUGGGUAAAUAUACAAUGAUCUUCCACAAGAGAGACCAAGGCAAUGAAGUGAAUAUAGAACGGAUGAAUCUCUUACAUCAGGUGUCGCGUGUCUGGAGAACAGAUGGGUUGAGCAGCUGUGAUUAUAAAUUACUCUCUGUGAAUUACAAUCCUUUGUAUGUCAACAUCACAGUGGAUUUCUGGUCUGAUCCAUGA